AUGAAUUUCCCUCAACCUAAGGUCACGUCGCUGCCUCCGAAUAGCGACCUCCAUGGCAAAACGGCUUUGAUCACCGGCGCUACUGCAGGUAUCGGCUUAGAGACCGCCCGCCAGCUACUCAAGCUGCAUGUCUCUCACCUCGUUCUCGCGGUGAGAAACGUCUCGAAAGGCGAAUCUUGCAAACGGGAGCUUCAGCGACUUAACAUCCACGCAAAGAUCACCGUGUUGGAGCUUGACAUGGACAGCUAUAAGAGUGUGCAAAGUUUCGCCAAAGUGUUGCAGCUCGAAGUGCCUUCGGUCAAUAUCCUCCUCCUCAACGCGGGUAUUGGACUUCUCAAGCUCGAACGAAGCCCAAGUGGCCACGAACGCGUCACCCAAGUGAAUUAUCUUUCAAAUGCCCUCCUGGUUGCCGAACUAUUGCCAUACCUCGAGGCAAGCGCGGAGAAGAUUGUCCAACCGUCCCGCAUCACUUGGGUGGGUAGCAGAAUGUACUUUACCACAUCUCUCGAGAAAAAGGCGCCCUUCAAGCUUCUGUGUGCCAUUUUCAUGUACAGCCUCGCUCCGCGACUCGACAAAUCCAAGGUGGUCUUGAACAUGGUUUGUCCAGGCUUGGUCAACACCAACAUGACCGAUGUUCUGCCGCUCCAUAUGCGUAUGGUCAUGGGUGUCGUGAAGACCCUGUUCGCACGGCCCGUAGAGGUCGGCGGGCGGCUCUUCGUCAAUGCGGCCGUCGUAGCAGGGCCAGAAUCACAUGGAGGAUUCCUCGGAGACAAGGAGAUCAUUGAGCCAUCUCCGUAUCUUCUGUCGCCUGCGGGGCAAGCCGUGCAGAAGAAGCUGUGGGCGGAAACUAUCGAGGAAUUGGGAACAUUGACCAGGCUCCCGAAUGAGUUCUCUUAG